AAAAGCGUUAAUUUUACAAUUAAUAUUUUUUUUUUAGCAAUCUCGUGUAACUUUUGUCUAUCGGCUAUUGGCAACAUUGAUCUGUCUAAUCUGUAGUUGUAAAAAUAUAGAUGUCGGUGAUUGUGUCAUUUUAGCGUUCUUAAUUUUUUGUAUUAUAUUCUAUAAUUUUAUACAACUUUAUAAAAUGUUGCCUUCAACUGGUUAUUUUAAAGGAAUUAACUGUCCAUUCUAUGACAGUGGUUUAUGUGAAAGGCCUUAUUGUCAUUUUCGUCACGUUAAGAGGGAAUCUCAAAAUACAGUAAAUGAAGGGAUGGAAAGUGGAACGAUUUUACAAAAGCUUGUUUCAGCAGCAGUACAGAAAGUGCUUCAGCAUACUGAUGCGACUACUAGUACAUUAGGUAGUAGUGAUGAUGCUGACGAUAAAAUACCAAACGUUCAGUCAGGGUCUAAAGUAACAUAUAAUCCUACACCCAUUGUAGAAUUAAACAAAAUAUCCAGUGCAGAUACAGAUAAUGUUGAGGACGUAAGUGAACAAAGAAAGAGACAUAUACCUGUACCAUACACUCCAAGGAAGCCUGUUACUUUGCCUAUUAUCAGACCUGUUGAUUCUAAUGGUUCUUCGAAACCUUUUAUUUAUAUACCUCCACCAGUGACAUACUCACCGGGAAGUAAUGAUUCUCCUAAAUUGGAUCCUUAUACUCCUAAAGGUACAACAACAGAAUCAAAAGAAAAGUAUUUACCUGGCAUUGAAAUUGAAUUGCAAGAAUAUACACCCAAGGAGACAACACAACAACCUAAUAAACACAGCUAUAUACCUUCAGACAAAAGUGUUAGUAAAAAGAAAAUUCUGGAGUAUAAACCAGCCAAAGUAAAUUCAAAAAUAGCCCCACCUUCAGUUACAUAUCGGCCUACACCUCGAUCACAGGUUCCUUAUUUCUCAAGUGACGAAGAUGAGCCUGAUAAGAAGAAAAGAAAGUUAUCUAGUGAUCUUAAUGGUUUAGAUGAUCUGGGUCCAGAGUUUGAUAUUUUAGACCAAAUAUUAGAUGAAGAAAAGACAGAAAAAGAUAAAAAUGCCAAAAGUGAAAUAGAUAUUAAUAAGACAGAGAAAAAUAAAGACAAAAACAGUAAAGAAAAUACAUUAGGUAGUGAACAUUGUGCAAAAGAUGAGAGAAAAAAAAAUGAAAAGAAAUCUCAUAGUAAAGAGAAAUUGGAUUGUAAACAUAAAUCUACAUCACAUGAUAAAUUAAAAACUGAAUGUAAUAAUAGAAGUUCUGAAAAAGCUAAUAAAAAAGAUGAAGCAAAAAUUGAAAAUAACAGUAGAUGUUCUGAAAAGUCUAACAAAAAAGAUGAAAGUAAAGAUGAUAAAAAUAAAGGGGACAAAAAAGAAAAAUAUUCAAGUGAAAAGAAAAAGCACUCUACAAGAAGCUCUAAUGAGAGCUCUAAAUAUUCUAAAAGUUCAGAAAGACAUUCGAAGCACUCAAGUAGUUCUAAAAACAAUUCAAAAAGUAAAGACAAAAGCGACCAUGACAAAUCACAUAGAAGGUCUAAGCAUUCUAAAGAAAAACACAAGAAAAGAAAAGAUAAGUCUCCCUCAGUUGAUUUAUUAGAAAAUGAUAAUCACAAUGAAGAAAAUGUAGACUUAAGCAAUGAGGAUAUAUAUGAUGAAUCAGAUGAGGAUAUAAUAGCCAUGGAAUGUAAAAAAAUAUUUGAAGAGUAUGUUCCUACUGAAAAACCUAAAGUGUAUGAAGAAAUAGAUAAUAAAGUAAUUGAUACUGAUAAUGAAUAUGUUUCAAGUAAAAAGAGAAUAUCAAGAACAAUAGAAAAAAAUAUUAAAAUAAUUCCAAAAGCUCCCAUAAAACCUGAUUAUAAAUUAAGUGCUGUUCAAACAAUGACUGAAAGAUUACAUAAAGUUAGAGAAUAUCAUUCUUCAAAAACUCCAAGUUCUACUGUUGAAAAUAAAAUAGAUAUUACAAAAGGUACAUUUAGUAGUCCCAAUAUUGGCAGUUCUAAGAUUCGUAUUGCUCAUGUGCCUUAUGUUUCAACACUAUUAAAUGCUAAAAAAACUAUUACUCCAAGUUCUAAUUCAGUAAAAACUGAACCUUCUACUAGCUCUACUGUUAUACAGACUGUGAAGAAAGGAGCUCAGCGUGUUGCUCAUAUACCUAAUGAAAAGUUUAUUGACAGACCUGGCGUUUUAGAACCACUAGCAUCUAAAAUUCCUGCAAAUGUAAGAUCUACGUAUUUGAAUAUGAUGAUAGAUGAAUGUCUUAAAUUAUAUCUGUCUGCAACAGAUGCUUAUGCUAGAGCACAACAUGAAGAAUUGAUUACUAGUAAAAAAUGUUCUACAGUGCAAAUCUAUAAAAACUCUGCUGUAUUAGCUGUGAGCAGGCUGAGAAAAGAAUUCCAAGAAUGUAAUGGUAUAAAGAAAUCAGGAUCUGAUUGUUUGACUUUACAAAAAAUUCCACAGGGUGCAAAAACAAAUUACACUGGUUCUUGGAGUAUAGAAAAUAAGAAUAGGAAAAGUUAUGAUAAUUUACAUGAGUUUAGUGGAGCAAAAUUAUAUAACAAUAUAAAAAAAUGGAUUUUAAAUGAAGAACAAUUAAAAGAAAAUGGUUUUCCUAGACCUCAUCCUAGUGGUGAAAAGGGUAGGGCUAUCAUUAUUGGACAGAAUAAACAGAAACCACCAAAUGGCAAUAUAAGGACUUGCUGCAGGUGCAAAAAAGAUUAUACAGUUAAUAAAAAAGGGUUUGCUGCAGUUAAAGAAGAAUGCAUAUAUCACCCUAAUAAUAAAUACAGAGUACGUGGUGAAGCUCGAUAUCAGUGUUGCAGUCAAGAUGGCACUUCUGAUGGUUGUUGUAUUGCACCUAGCCAUGUAUAUGAGUAUGUAGAUUUUGAAAACCUCAAAGGAUAUGUUAGGACAAUGCCACCUGAAAAAUCUAUGGAGGACUAUGGAGUAUAUUCUUUGGAUUGUGAAAUGUGUUAUACAACUCAUGGCUUAGAUUUGACUAGGGUGACAGUUAUCAAUUCUGCCUGCAAAGUGGUUUAUGAAACUUUUAUCAGGCCUUUGCAUCCUAUUAUAGAUUAUAAUACUAGGUAUUCAGGCAUUACAGAAGAACAAAUGUUAGAAGUGAAAACUACACUAUUGGAAGUUCAAGCAACAUUACUUACUAUGUUCAAUAGUAAAACUAUUUUAGUAGGUCAUAGUUUAGAAUCUGAUUUCAAAGCUCUUAAACUAAUCCAUGAUACUGUUAUUGAUACCAGUAUAUUAUUUCCUCACAAAAUGGGGCCUCCAUAUAAAAGGGCAUUGAGAAAUUUGUCAUCUGAAUACUUAAAAAAGAUUAUUCAAAAUUCAGUAGAUGGGCAUGACAGUGCUGAAGAUGCUACAGUUUGUAUGGAAUUGAUACAUUUCAAAUUAAAAGAAGAUUUAAAAACUCGGUGAUAGUUAUGUUAAAUUUCUUUAUUUAAUAAUAGGUGUAAGUAUAAUAAUAUUCUGGAGUUUAUAAAGAUGAUUUUCCAGUUUAAAUUAAUAAUUUUUAUUUGAAGUCACUAAUUUUGGUACUUAGAUUUGCCUUUAAUUAUUUAAAUUAGGCUGUUGCAGACUUUAAAAAAAUAAUUUUAUAUCUAAUCAACAAUUUUAUAGGACAAAAUCCAUCAUUACCCAUAACUUAGUUACUAAUACAUGUAUGUAGUCAGCGAUCCACAAUAGUGGAAUUAUAUUUUUUUUUAUUCAGUUAUAGUUUUAAAAAAUACUUUUAUCAAAAGGCUCUAAAUAUUUAGAUUUAGUGCGAAUAUAUAGAAACAAAUUGACUAAAUCAUAAUUUUUCUGUUAAGUACCCCUAUAGGUACUAUAGAUUUAUUUAAAUUUUAUAUACUUGAGUAGGUAGAUAAAUUAGUUAUUUUAUGCAUUUUUAAAUAAUUUAUUGAAUUGAUAUUUUGGUUAUUUUUAAACUAAAAUGCAGAUUUUCGUCUACUGUGUAAUUUUUUUUUAGUUGAAUAUACACUUACCUACUUAGGUAUGUACCUAAUUUCAUUAUAAGAGAUACUGAGCGAUUUUGUGGCGUCAUUUCUCCAAACCUAUUUCAACUUAAUCUUUUAAUUUGAUACUUUUGCGAUAGCUUUAUGGACCAUCAUAAACUAAAUUUAUAAUAGUUUUGACAUGAAUCUAUUAGAAAUUUAGUUUAUAUUGAUAUUUAAAAUAGAUAUUUCGCUGUGAUAUUAAAUUGAAAUUGUAAUUUUACAGAUAGGUUUCGAGAAUAACACGUUAGAUUUAACCUCAUUAUUUUAGAUGACAAGUAUUAGCAAAUCAAGUAUAGCCAUACUUACUUUUUUAUUUAUUACGCUUAGAAUGUUUAUAUAAAUAAUUUCCCUACACAGAAUGAACUUUUAUUUCUUUUUUUACCACCUUAAAAUCUUAAAUUCGGUACUUACACCACAAUGAGAAUAGGUAAGAUAUACCUAUUCUCUUUAUGACUGUUUCAAAAAUAUUAAAUAACGGGCUUAUCUAUACAGAUGAAAUCAAGCGUUAGGCAUCUAUGAAACAAACGGUCCUAGUACAAAAUACAGUGAACUCUCUAUAUAAGCAACAUUCUUUAUAUUUUAUUUAUUCUACUCAGCUUAGUUAGUAAAAAAAAUAUUUCAAAGACAAUAAAUAUGUUUAUACUCCUUUUUUCCCUAUAAGCAACUUUUCCCAACUUUCCUAUAAGAAUCUUUUCUAUAGAAAUUGGUUCAAACGAGUUGCUUGUAUAGACCGUUUACUGUAUAUUUGAAACACUGUUUAUCUAAACAGAGUUUAACAAAACUGUGUAAGUGAUUAAAUACUGUUUAGUCAGGUAACAAUGUUUAUUAAAAUUUUGUGUGCCAUCAUUUAUAGAUUAUAUAAUAAAAUCUAUUACUUUAACCCUUUCAGACCUGAACGAUACGGGCGUGAGUUGUAACUUUAAAAAAUUCUAAAACCGCGCGCAAUUCAUUUUUACACACGAAGCUGAAAUAACAUGAUAUUGAGAUUCUAAACCAGCCAAUAAGAAAUCAUUUUAGCGGUUAGGUGGUGCAGUAGUCUCGUGCGUACCGGCAAAAUGGCUUGGCUCCAAAACAAAAUUACAAAAUAUUUAAUCUGAAAGAAAAAAAAUCUUGGGUCUGAAACACGUUUUAUUUUCAAUAAUGUAUUUUUAUUUGUUUAGACAAACAAAUGUUAGAAAUAUUUUUGUAACGUUAUGUAAACAUUUAUUAAAGGCCUGUCUAUAGUAAAUUUAACGUGUCAUACUAAUCAUACUAAUACAUAUAAAUGUUAUUUUUAUAUUUGUAUAUAUUAUAUAUCUUUGACAGUUUUUUUUUUUUGAUGGGUGAAAAUGAUAUGGUAACUCCGCCUGCGCUAACGGGAUACGCUGGCGAAGCAUCAGUGAAGGGUGAUAGAUGAGAAUGA